UUGGACGGGGUUGAUUACGAUGUCACAAUUUUAUUUUCAUUAAAAAUCCUUUUUAAACAUGUAAACAUCUGCUCUGGAGUCUGAAAGUGAAGGGAUGAUGCCUCGUUGAUCGUAUUUAGGAUAUAUUUUAUUGAAAACAGACACAAUGGUAGAAAUUGAAGUUAAAAUUGAGCUCCAGCCCAAAAACUUACAGUCCGAAGAAAAGGGGUGUGGAAGAGAGGGACCUCAUAAGGACUUAAUCGGCCCGAAUGAGCUGCUGCUGCUCACUGACGUUACAUUGGCGCCAUCUUGUGAUGAUGAGGCAACUUACAGCUGUAAACGUGAAGACUGCAGAUACCUGGAGGUCAGGGACAUGGAGACGAGCCUACAAAUCCUGCAGCCGCAGCUGCUGUGCCUCAUGAGCAAAGCUGACGACCUCCACAAGUGCCUGGACAAGGAAAAGAGUCUUGGAGAGUCACAGGCUCUUGCUGCCAAAGUACCCAGUUUCCUGUUCACCUGUCAGCCUUUCUUCAACCACCUACAGGCCACAGCCUGGAACAGCGUGUCCCAGAACACUGGUUUGCCUUUAGACAUCAGUACAAGGUUGCUUGAUCUGUCUCAGCAGCUGUUUGACAAGUUGGAGCAGCUUGUGUUAACCUACGCUCAACAUGGUCUCCUCUCUUUGGAUGAAACUGAGCCCAACAGUGUGUCCCACUUUUGCAUUGGUCAGAGUCAAAUCAGCCACCUGAGGGUGACGGCGUUCCGCUACUGCAGGCUCACACCCUACCUGGCCAAGGUCAACACUGGCCUGUACAAACGGAUGCGUUGGAACGUGGAGAGGCUGCAGGAGCAGCAGGAUCAGCAGACAGACGAAGAGCCUGGUGGAAAAAGACAGCAGUGUGCAGCCCAUACAGUUGGAGAAACAGAUUAUUAUUUCCUGUGCUGUGAGGAUAUUCCAAACACACCAGCUGAUGACGACAGCUCCAUCGUCUGUUCCAUAAACAUGGCUAAGAUGUGGAGCAUCGGUCAAUGGGUUCAGGUGAAACCAGACCCCAACAGUGAGGACAUCUACGACUGGAUCACCUGUGAGACUCCUCAGGCCUCCUAUCACAGGCUGUUGUUAUUGGGUAGUGAGGAGCCAACGUGCUGCAGUGCCACAGACCUCCUGCAGAAGCUGCUGUUGUCAGACCAAACACCUCAGUAGAUGGAGUUGAUGCUUUUUGAAGUUCUAAGUUUACAGCUUGUGAAGAGAGACUGGACCAGUUUAGUUCACCGAAUGUUGAAGGUCAAGCCAAAAAAAAAAAAAAAAACACUUUUGUCAGGUUUGCUGCUUAAUAUCCUGUUAACUGUUUUCAUGUUUGAUAGCAUUUUUAUAAGUGUUGAGAUUUUACAAGAAUUUUUCAGUUUAACGUGAGAAUUUGUUCUGUAAAGAAAAAGUUAUUUUUUUUAAAAAAGCCUUUUAUUUACAAUAAAGGUUACACUGGAAUAACACCACAGGAUAACAGUAUCUCGUCUCUUAAAUUCAAACAUAAGAAACAUUUUACACUAUGAAACAAGCUGCCAUGAUUUGGGCGUCCGACUGAGGGAGUGCCCUUUGUAGUUCAUAUUAACAGGUUCAUCAAGUCAUUUCAACAGGUAGAUAAACAUACACCCAUCUUCAUUUAUAUUUAAUAUAAAAAUCAGACAUUUAACCAACAUCUUACUACGAGCUCAGCCUGCUGUGUUCACUUAGACCUUGACCCCAAUCAGCCCAACAGUUCAGUUGAGACAUGACUUGGUAGAUAAUUCAAAUCAAAACAUAAAAAUCUAACAUUUACAGCUAAAACUGUUCGAUCUAUAUAUGACUUUGAGAGAUCUGCUAAACCGCUAAGCUAAAAACGUAAAGGAGGUUCCCGUCAUUACAGUGAUCAGUCUUGAGGCAACGUUCACACGGACGCUAACAAAAACACAAACUUGUGCGGUAAAGCACACCCAGGAAAUCCAGUUUUGUCACAUCUGUAGCCAGUAGAUUCCUGCAGCACCCAACAUCCUGAAAGACUUUAAGAAGAUACUGGACAAAGCUAUGGUGGAGACAUGUGGGAAAGCUGCAACGGUGGGGUUAAGGCUGGAGGGAAACCAGUGUAGGACAAAAAAAAUUAAUAAAACGAAUAAGAAAACUGUUGAAAAACGUCGCCUGCAAAUUUUGGUGCUGUCCAGUCUUGUUCAAACUGGGAAAAAUAAAUAUUUUAAACCUUUGACCUGAGACUGCCUUCAGCACAGAAUCACAAACACACACAACACCUAAGGACAGAAAAAACACAACGUCACACAGACGCAACAUCAUUUGUACAGUGGAUACACUGAUUUGACCUGAUAUAAAAACAUCCUUCAUAUAACAAUAUCACUGUGACCACUGUGACCUCAGGACAGGUCCAGGGUGAGAACUGAAGUCUGGUGUAUUUAGUUCAGCUGUAGCAGACAGCUGUAUUUACAACCUGUUGUCCAUCUGCAGUCUGUGGCUGAUAAAGCUUAAAAAAAAAAAA